ACCCUUGCCCUCUCGAAAUUCGUGACUGUAGCUAUGGCUUGGCCUGCAUGCUUUCUCCUUUGCUUGUGGACGGCCAGGGCCCUGCCCGUGCCGGCGGCGAGCGGCACCUGCGGAGUGAGCCGGCCGCUGUUCAAGGACAGCAGCGUCAAGGUGGAGCCGAUCGAUUCGCAGGGCAAUUGGCUUCAGCAAGGCAUCAGUGCGGUGCUGGGCUGGGUGGGUCAUCUCCCGUUUCCUUUCUUGCAACAUGAAGAGCAAGAGCGGCAAGAGUCGAGCAAGCUGCGAUGUCUCAUGCCGUAUCUCAUGAAUUGCACACACUGGCAGGGCCUGUCCUUGCAGCGGCCCUGCCCAGACGAGUGCCCCUUCAUCGCCCAAGUGAAGCCUUUCGCUUGCGCCUUCACCUGCGUCAAUGUCACGCAGUGCCACUACACGGACCCCAACAUGCCCUUUGCCAACUCGGGGAGCCACCUCUGCGAGGAGUCUGCCAUUGAGGGUUGCGAGGUGCAGGCGGAAAAUGGCUACUGCGAGCGCUGCCGGCAACACUUUGCCAUGAACGAGGAGGGCACCCACUGCCUCUACGAUCGCGAGGGCUCCAUCAUUUGGCUGGUGGAGCAUUUGCACGCUAUGGGCUAUUGGCUUUGGAUCAUCCUGGGCCUUUGCCUGAGCUGCUGCUGCUGGCAGCUGCGGGCGGCCUUGUCCAAGCAUUGGCACCUCCUCACCUUUGCGCGCAUGCACUACCAUCUCUGCAAGGUGCGGAAGAACCCCAAGGUGCACGCAGGGGCACCGCUCUUCAGUAUCUGCGAAAACCUGCACACCAAGUUCGUCAUCGGCGUGGGGUUGCCGCUCUACUACAACUCUCUGGUCUUUCUGCUGAUACUGUCGGUCCUCCUCUUCCUGGGGACUCACUUCGCGCUGGACUCGGGGUCACAGUCCCUCUUCAACUACUCGGGGGUCUCCUCGAAUCCGGUACAGGUUGGCAACGUGCCCAUCUACCCCAGUGCAGAAGGGGUGUCGGACGCGUCCAUCUGCAGCUGGGCCAUGGAGGACGAGGGGCUCACCCGAUUCAACGUGGAGACCACCUCCAAGAGCUUCAUGCGCCGGCUCUCGAUGACUGCGCUGCUGCUAUGGUGCGCCGCCAUAGCCAUCAUGCUGGUGCACGCCUGGUUUCAGCUGAAGCACGCCAGGUGGUUUGAGUCCAUGCACCUGACCAUGAAGGACUUUGCCUUGGUGUUGUCUGGUCUGCCACCGGAGGCCACGGACGAAAAGCAGCUGGCGGAGUGCAUCUCAAGCCAGAUCGGCGAGAGCAUCCGGGCGGUGUCCAUCGGCUACGACAUUUGCGAUCGCUGGAACGAGGUGGAGACCCUCCUGGACCGGCACCUGGCCUAUUGCGACGCCCACGCCCGGGGUCAUCCUGGGGUGGGCCUUCGACCACGCUGCCAGGCGAACCUGGACGACUCCGACAGCUUGGGCCCAGUGGCGCUGCAACGGAACCUCCAGGAGGA